AUGACUUCUAUCGGCGUCACCACUGGCCCGGUCGUAGACCCAACCACCAGCGUGGUCGACCCGACCACCAUCCCGCCACCUACCACCUCCCCUACCGACCCCACAACAUCACCACCCACGUCCGAGCCACCCACAACCUCCCCUCCCCCGACCACUGAGCCAACGUCGACACCUCCCCCAACGAGUGAACCGCCCACUACAUCCUUGCCUCCCACCACGAGCGAUCCCCCAACGUCCACGCCACCCGUAGAGACCACCAGCGCCCCGCCGACAACCUCCGAACCCCCCACGAGCGUCGCUCCCACCACCACCACACCCACAUCCGUCGCUCCAACCACCACCGAGCACACGUCGUCGUCCCAGAGCACCCCCACGAGCCAAAAGCCCAGCUCGACGAGCAACACGUCGACAAACUAUUCGACCGUCACGCAGACGGAUACCACGCACACCACCGCCUCGGGCGGCGCGCUGGACGCAGGCAGCGGAUCGGACACCACGCACACGGGCGCGAUCGUCGGCGGUGUGGUGGGCGGUGUCGUCGGGCUCGCAGUGCUCAUUGGGCUCGCCAUCUUCCUGCUGAAGCUGCGCAAGCGGCGCCGGCACUCGAAGGCCUUCAGCGACAAGAUGUUUGAGCCACCUGCAAACGCGCCCUACUCCGACGGCAACCUCCUUGACGACGAGGUCCGGAUCGAGCCGUACGCGAUGCUGUCGCCCACGUUUGGCCAGGGACAGGUGUACGCCGACGACGGGGGUUACGCCGCUGGUGGUGGAGGUGGAGGAGGAUACUCGCAGCAGCAGCAGCUGGGCCAGACCCAGGGGGGAUACACCGAGCCCGAGUUUGAGCACGUCCCGCCUGCGUCGACCAGCCGCGCAAACAACGACGAGCGCAGGUACUCGUACAACGACUACAGUGAGACACCGUAUGCGUCCGCCACGGCGGCGCUCCUGAGCGGCACCGACGACCAGUCGAACGCGCGCGACGAGUACAACCACCAGCUGGCCGCCGAGUCGCAGCAGCGCGCGCAGCGCCUGUCGACAAUGGGCGGCAGCGGCAGCGGCAGCGCGGUCGGCGCCGGCAGCUCGCUCGCUCGGUCGGCCUCGAUGGCGUCGAGCGUCUACUCGACCCCCUCGCCCGACGACUACACCGCGCGCAACUCGGCAUCGAGCAACACCCCGCUGUUCACCGACAACGCCCUCGCCGUCGCCAACGACAACCGCAGCUCGCGCCAGCUGGCCCCCGCCACGUCGGCCGCGCUCUCGGCCGCAGAGGCAAAGUACCGCGAGGCGAGCAGCAACGGCGGCUCGAUGGCGUCGAGCAUGGCCGCGGAGCUUCCACCAAAGUGA